UUAGCGACAUCCGGUCACUCCAGUCCCAACAUGAAGCAUACAGCAUAAAUAUAAUUAUUCUUGUGUUAAAUAUUAAUUAAAUAAUUUAAGAUACUUAAAGUGGGUAAAUGUUUAUUAAAAUUAAUCAUAAAACUAAUUAAUGUUAUUAUAUAGAUUUUGUUUAUCAAAUAUUGUGGGGGUAGUAGUAACUUAAUUUCUGGGUGGGAGGAUUAUCAAAAGUUAUAUAAGUUAUUACAAAUUAGAUGGAGUUGAGUUCAAUUUAUUCAUUGAGUGCUUACUAAGUAGAAACGCUGUAACUAUAAUUAUAGUGUAAUAAAAGUAAUAGAAGUUUGUGUGGGCUGUUUUAUUGGAAAAAGUACUUAAAGUGAACAGUGAGAAGUGACAUUUAUUAACAUCUCAGAAGUGGGAUGGCAGGCCCAUACCGUAAAGGCCUUGGUGUGAGGAAAAGGAAUAUUACCGAGGUUGACAUAUCAGACGACGAAAAUAAUGAAAAUUUUUUUUUACAAUCUACCGCUACGCCUAAGCGACGCUUUGUGCAAGCCCAUGCUGAAAUAAUACCCGAAUUUCGUCCAGAAGAUCAAAACAGUAACGUUAAGGGAUGGCUACACAAAAUAGAUCAAUUGGGGGAUAUCUACGACUGGGAUCACAAAGAUCGUCAGUUUAUUAUGCAAGUCAGACUCCGAGGUUCAGCAAGAGAAUGGUAUGAUGAUUUGGAAGAUUAUGACAUGAACUGGGAGGAAUGGAAGCAAGCCCUUGAGACAGCUUUCCCUCGAUCAUUUGAGUAUGUAGACUGCUUAGAAAAUAUGUUAGCAAGAAACAAAAUGGAAAACGAAACCAUGACGAAAUAUUUUCAUGAUAAAAUUUCUUUGUUAAAAAAAUGCAAAAUUUAUGGAGAAGCGGCAAUUUCCUGCAUUAUAAGAGGACUUCCAGUUGAAAUCCGUGCAAACGCAAAAGCCUACAAAUGUGAAACACCACAACAAUUAUACUGUGGCUACCUAUCGUCAUUAGAAAACUAUAAGGCAGUCGAAACUCAGGUGACAAAGCGAACGACUUGGAGGAGAGAAGGUACCAACACAACAGCUACUAAGCUCCCUUCGAAAAUCUGCUACGGCUGUCGACGGCCAGGUCACGAGAUACGUGACUGCUGGACUAGACGACGCUGCGAGAUCUGCCAACGAAUGGGCCACACGUCCUCCAACUGCUGGCACGCUUCGAGCUCCUCAGCACAAGAAACAAAGGUUGCAAGCCCUCAUAGUGAAAAUACAGAGCGCCGUGGGACACGGCUGUUGCAGGAUGGCCGAGUGUUAGCGACAUCCGGUCACUCCAGUCCCAACAUGAAGCAUACAGCAUAAAUAUAAUUAUUCUUGUGUUAAAUAUUAAUUAAAUAAUUUAAGAUACUUAAAGUGGGUAAAUGUUUAUUAAAAUUAAUCAUAAAACUAAUUAAUGUUAUUAUAUAGAUUUUGUUUAUCAAAUAUUGUGGGGGUAGUAGUAACUUAAUUUCUGGGUGGGAGGAUUAUCAAAAGUUAUAUAAGUUAUUACAAAUUAGAUGGAGUUGAGUUCAAUUUAUUCAUUGAGUGCUUACUAAGUAGAAACGCUGUAACUAUAAUUAUAGUGUAAUAAAAGUAAUAGAAGUUUG